AUGCGCACCACCAUUGUUUUCUCCGCUGCCAUUCUCGCAGCUGUCCUCCAACCAGUCGCUGGGAAUGUUGGAGCUUCUGCCUGGAGCGGUUCAGCGUGCAGUGGCCUCGAGGUUGGAUCUGUCGAGGUCGCCAACAACUUCGAUGGUCUCAGCAAUGCAGAAGCGACACCCAACGCUGCAUGCGUUCACUUCGACACUCGCAUCCCCGCCAACUGUGACGUCUACCUUUGUGAAGAUGCCGCAUGCAAUGACCAGGGAAGGACGGUCGCUGGCCCUCAAGCUGCCAAUACCAAGUUGACGCAUAACUUUGCGGGUAUGCAGAUCGGGUGCCAGCAAUGA